GCAGGCUUAGCGUAUAGGGGCAGGAUAAAGUCAGCCACCAUUUUGUGGUGCUUAAUACAAAUCUGGAGAAUCACAAAUAUCACUUAGGUAAACGUAGUACAAUACAAGAUAAACGGUGUAGUUGAUUCGGUGCAGUGGCUCUCUUAGCCAUCUAGUUUAGUUGAGCCACAAUGGCCUCCAGCUAUAAUGCUAAAGAUGAAGACGGUCACCAUUCUGGAUCAGGAGGGCCUGCUGGACCAGGGGUAAAUAAAAGCAAAAAACCGGAUAAUACUGCUUUUAAACAGCAACGAUUACCUGCAUGGCAACCUAUCCUUACAGCCGGCACCGUUUUACCAGCCUUCUUCGUUAUUGGCCUCAUCUUCAUACCAAUUGGCAUUGGCCUCUUCGUCACGUCUAAUAAUAUCAAAGAGUUGGAGAUCGAUUACACAGGUGUUGACCCGAGUAGUCCCUGUUAUGACUGUGCUCAGAACUACAGCUGGAACAGCACUGCACCGUGUGUAUGCUCAGUCGAAUUUACUCUUGACCAGCCAUUCGAGGGCAAUGUUUUCAUGUACUAUGGAUUGUCCAACUUCUAUCAGAACCACAGACGUUAUGUGAAGUCACGGGAUGACAGUCAGUUAAAUGGUGAUAAAGUAUCCCUGACGAAUCCCAGUAAGGAGUGUGAGCCAUACCGCACCAAUGACAAGAAACCCAUUGCCCCAUGUGGUGCUAUUGCUAACAGUCUUUUCAACGAUACUCUGGAGCUCUCCCAUGUCAACCCAAAUAAAACCAGAACUCCAAUUACUCUUGUGAAAAAAGGAAUUGCAUGGUGGACCGACAAACACGUGAAGUUCAGAAACCCAAGUGGAAACAGCAACCUCACCAUUGUCUUCCAAAAUACAACCAAACCUGUGAACUGGAGAAAGCCUGUCUAUGAACUGGAUCCCAGUGACCCAGAGAAUAAUGGCUUUAUCAACGAAGACUUCAUAGUGUGGAUGCGAACAGCAGCUCUUCCCACCUUCAGAAAACUCUACAGAAUCAUCCAGAAAAGCAAGGAUAACUUAACUCCUACAUUGCCUCGUGGAACCUAUGUUUUGGACAUCACCUACAACUACCCUGUGCUCAGUUUUGACGGCCGUAAACGCAUGAUUCUGAGCACAAUUUCCUGGAUGGGGGGGAAGAACCCAUUCCUUGGCAUUGCAUACAUCACUGUUGGAUCAAUCUGCUUUGUUCUGGGUGUGGUUCUGCUGUUUAUCCACCACAAAUACGGCAGUCGCAGCACUAGUGCCGACAUUCCCAACUAGAGGCUAACAUGUAGCACUGCAACUAGAUAUGAGACAUUCAAACAAAUGUGACUGUGGCUGCCAUAUCUCCCAGAUUAGAGCCCUAUGCGAAUGCUCAGGUUGCCACAAGGACUUCCUGCUGUUUCAGUGGUUAAGCACUGGUAUUUGUCGACUUUGUGUUAUAGCUUUUUCUCUUUCUACUUGAAGGCUGGAUCCCAGAUAUCCCCUGUCAGCUCUGUCUUCCUUCCUGUGGAUGUCUUUUUUUGAAUUUUGAGAUCUGGCCAUAAAGUAGAAAUAAGCUGAUCCUUUUUUGAUCUGAAGGGCCCAAUUUGAUGAAGCCUUUAAUUUAUAUUAUUAUCAUUUUCACUCACAGACCAAAGAGCAGGACCAGUGUUUGGUGAAUAAGAAACGUCCUGAUCAGUCACUGUUUGUGCAGCCAGUUGCAUGCAUUUUUUUCACACUGGUUUUACUCAGUUACAGUACUUAGUGAGGAUUUCUCAAAAUUAAUGUCAUGUGACAUAUCAGGCUGAUGCUCAUUGGUCAUUGGUGUGUGAAUGUAUUUGUGUUGUGUUGCUUAAAUGAGAAUGGCUUGAUACUGAAAGAUGUUAAUAUUGUAUAUCUGUUGAGUCUGUUCCUCUUACAAAGGGGCUGUUGUUUUCAGCUGUUUGCUUGUAUGUUUCACCAUCUCAGACUAGGAUAUUUAAAAAUAUUUGAAAGUUGUAAUCAUUGCUAAAAUUGACCACAAUGAUUAAUCCCAUGCAGUAUAGUCCUGGAUGCCAAGCCUUGACUGGACAGAAAUUUACACUGAUGAGACAUUACUGUUCACACUGGCUUGGCAGCUGUCCACAUGGCAGAUGAUGUUGAAGCAAAAUGGUUCUGCUUACAAAACUGAAGACUAACAUGAAUCAUGGGUGUUUUCCCCCAGCAGCUUGAUAUGUUUCAUAAACAUUGUUGAGUGUAGUUCCUCUCCACAUGUAUUAUGGAUUUGCAUAUCAUGCUGAUGUUGCUCAUAGAAUAAGCCAUGUGCAGAUAUAUUCAAUGUUUCAUCUCUAAAAUGCAUUCAUUCUGGCUCAUGGAUAGCAAAGGGUUUGAUGACUCCCUAUUUUCAAAUUUUUAAAUAUUUAGUGUAGUUUUAAACUUGGGACCAAAGCAUCUUGUGGGUUUCUGACAGAAACAUGACUGUUUCCACACAUGCAGUAUUUACUCUUUAUUUGUUCACACCAUGGCCAAGCAGACAUCAGAAUAAAGCAUUAAAAUAUUAUGUAACAAACUCCACAUGUUCAACUGAUGGGGUUUUUAGAGAAAAAAACCCCCAAACUUUCUGUCCCUUCUGGGAGUUCUCCACUGAAGGUAGAAAGAGGACUGAUGAAAUGCUUUUGGGAGAAUUAGGGCUGAGUUACUGAAUACUCCAAAUCCAAAUUUGAUUCUCCUGUGUGACACAUGGCACCUGCAGUACCUCUAAAAGCUAGUCAGACAAGAACUUGACAAAUAAAUUCAUGUUUGUUUGUCUUUGCUAAGUAAUCAUGAAGGGUGCAUUGGACCAAAGUAAUGGUUUGUUAAACUUUUUUUAAAAAUCAUUAUUAUUCCCAGUUUUAAAUUUUCAAGUUUCAAAUAUUCAAAAGCAGAAUUUAUAUCAGAAAUGUUUGUUUUGGGGGUUUUUUUGAGGAGGAAGGGGGCAUAUUAGUCAAACUUUUCCAGUAUUAUUUCCAGCAUUACUGGAAACAUUUACUGUGAAUAUAACACUUCAGAUUAAGUCUGUAUUAUAUUACAUUUAUUCCCAAUAGCUGAUAAAAUCCCUCAACAUUUUUAAAUUAAAUACCAGUGAAUGAAAUUUAAUAUCAGUACUGUUCUUAAUUUUGGAACUGUGAUUUUUUUUUUUCUUUUGGUGAAAUUUUCUGUUUCACUAUCUUUCCCUCAUUUAAUAUCAGCUGAAGCCAAACGCUUUCAUAUUACGAAAUGGUUUACGAUGUGACAGUAAUAAAAGUGAACACAAUAAACAGAGAACACUUCUCUAAAAUUUAACCAAUGCUUAAUUAUUAAUGCACAACAGUAAACAAGAAUUAACUGUUAAUGGAGAUAUUUGUAAGUAAAGUGAUUAAAUGAAUGUAAUCUCUUUGCCCUAUUUGUAUUUAUGUCAGAGUAUUGACUUACUGCAUAUGUAGUCUCUCUCUCUCUCUCUCUCACUGUGGAAGUGAAGUUUUGCUGCCUCAUGAAUAAAAAUAGUUU